AAACAAUUCUAAACCAAACAUUUAAAAAAUAUUAAAAUUUCAAAAAAUAAGUGAAAUGAGUCAUCUAUUAAGUGCAGAAAAAGUGAAUCUAAACAUAAAUUGGUUACCAGAAGAAAUACUUCUGCAUAUAUUCAAGUAUUUUGGCCUUAACGAUAUUUACAACAUUGCAUUGACAUCGAAAAGAUUUAGUAGGAUUGUGGACGAGAAUUUCAACAUUUUAGCACCAAAGAUGCAUAGAAUUUCAUUAAAUUGUUGGAAUGAGUACAGCGAAUGGGUUGGAGUCAGAAAAUAUUCAAAUUUCAUCAUUGACUCAACUGCAAUAAUCAGAUUUAAGGAUAUUAUAUCGACAAGAUCUGAUCAAAUCACAAAAUUGUCUCUGCAUUUUCACAACGAUCCAUUUAUUGAAAUUGAAGUUGUUCGAGAAAUUUUGAUUGGUUUAAAAAACUUGAAGGAAUUGAGAGUAAAUUUGAUAAAUGUCAUAGCUAAUAAUCAGAACUCUUUGGCAAGUUUACCAAACUUAAAAAAUCUUGAAAGUCUUGACUUUUAUGGAAGUUCAAAGUUUUUCAACAUUUUUACAAAUUUUCAAUUCAAAAUUCUGAAAUUAAGAUUGUAUGAUCCAAAAGAGAACUCUGAAAUUUUUAAAAAUUUUCUCAAAAAACAAAAAAAGUUGGAGGAUUUAAAAUUUUAUGGAUAUAUUUUACCAUCUGUAACCCCACGACCACUAUUUGAUGAUACUGAUUUAGAUAAAGUCAACUUUAGACUUAAAAACUUCAAAAUUUCGCGAAAUCCGUCAUUUUUUAUUCAAACCGAGAGCUUUAAUAAGUUUUUAUCUUAUCAUCAAGAAAGUUUGACUUACCUCAGCAUAUCCCAAUCGGAAGUUAACUUAGACAUAGUCAAAAAUUUCAAAAACUUGAAGAAACUUAAGAUUAAUAGGUCAUACAUCAUGAUGGAUCAUGUCAAUUCACAUGUUGAAAAUGUCAUAAUUAAAAGAUCUUCAAAUAGAUUCUUAAGAAAUUUAAUUAACCUUAAAAUGCUGAUAACAAUCGAGUCUGCUUCUUAUUUAAAUGAAUUAAAUUUUGAAGAUUUAAAAAAUCUGGAAUCACUAGACAUUUAUGCUAGCCACAUUCCUCGAUUAGUCAUUCCAAGUGUCAAGAACUUAAAAAUUUCCAAUGCAACGUCAUUUGAUGUCGAUGCAUUUCCAUUAUUUCAAAGUAAUAUCCAAAAUUUAUCACUUCGAAAUUGUGUAAAUAUUCGAUCACUUUUGGACUAUUUAAAUCAACCAGACACAAGAUUGAAAAGUUUAAAAAUUGAAGAUUCACAAAUUGAAUCAAAAUAUUUAAGUGGAAUUAAAAGGAAUCGUUUAAAAAUUGAAGUUUUGGAGAUUAUAAGAUGUCAAAGAAUUGCAGACUUUCCAUUGUGGAGCUAUUGUGUAUGUGAAGGUUAUUUAAAUCAAUUUGAAAUGGAACCAUAUUGAGGAGAGAUUUCAAUUUUAAUAAUAUCAGCACUUUUUGAAUUAUUUUUUCAAAUAAUUUUGGUUCACAUCAUUUGCAAAAAUUUGAUAAAUUAAGUGUAGGUUAAAUGUUAAAAAAUAACUUUUUUAAAAGAAAUUCUUGCAAAAAAAUCCUUUUUAUUAUUAUUUGUAAAAAUAGUCAGAACCCCAAAUAAUUGAAAUCAUUGUUUUUGAGAACUUAUUAAUGUUAAACUUAAUGUACUUUAUUUUUAAUCUUUAUAAAUUUUAAAAAUUUAAAUAAAUUGAAAAUUUUC